AUGCAUGACAGAGGUCUGGAACUUGGCAUAUAUGAAGACUACGGCACCAAAACUUGCGAAGGAUAUCCUGGAAGUUUGGAUCACCUGAAGAUCGAUGCCGAAACCUUCGCUUCUUGGGAUGUGGACUAUCUGAAGUUGGACGGGUGCAACGUCAAUACUACGCUAAUGCCUACUGGCUAUCCCGAAAUGGAGCGUGCUCUUAAUGCCACUGGUCGUCCGAUUGUUUACGCCUGUGGCUGGCCUCUCUUCUUCUACUUAGAUGGCAAAAAGGAUAAGGUAAACUACACUGCAGUACGAUCAGCUUGCAAUUCUUGGAGAAUCUACAACGACGUGAUCGGCAACUGGAACUCAAUCUCUGACAUCAUUCGCUUUGUAGACGCAAACCAGGAUGUUUUGGCAGCUGCCCAGGCCCCAGGCGGAUGGAAUGAUCCCGAUAUGAUCGUGGCUGGCUUGCCGAAUGUUACCAUCGAUCAGGCUAUGGUCCAAAUGACUCUUUGGUCAAUAUGGUCUGCACCGCUGAUAAUGUCAAACGACUUACGUGUUUUGAAACCCGAAAUCCGGGAUAUCCUGCUGAAUCGCAAUGUCAUCGCUAUCGAUCAGGAUCCGCUGGGAAUAAUGGGCAAACUUGUGCGGAGGAUAAAGUAUAUCAGUAUCUAUGUGAAGCCAGUAACACCCGUCCGUGACGGCCACUAUUCCUACGCCGUCGCAGUCGACGCUGCGUUAAUGCUGCCCAUUUGGUUGGCUGCGCUGAGCGUUAUUGAUACGGGAUGGUCACUAGAUAAUGGGUUAGCCAGAAGACCACCGAUGGGCUGGAUGACAUGGGCGACAUUUCUUUGUGAAACCAAUUGCGAAAUGUUUCCACAUUACUGCAUUAGUGAAGAGCUGUUCCGUCAAAUGGCUGACAGAAUCGUCGAAGAUGGAUUCCUGGCAGCUGGCUACAAUCGAAUACACAUCGACGACUGCUGGAUGGAACGUACAAGAAACAGUGAUGGCGAGCUGGAGGCCGAUCGCAAACGCUUCCCCAAUGGCAUAAAGUGGCUAGCCAGAUAUAUGCAUGACAAAAAGCUUGAACUUGGUAUAUACGCGGAUUUUGGAACGGCGACUUGUAUGGGGUUUCCUGGAAGUAUUGAUCACUUGGAGGUUGACGCCAAUACCUUUGCAUCGUGGGACGUUGACUAUCUAAAGAUGGACGGAUGUCAUGCGGGGAUCGAAAGGAUGGUUGCAGGUUACGCACGCAUGGAGCGAGCCCUUAAUGCAACUGGUCGUUCAAUUAUUUUCUCGUGCAGUUAUCCUUACUACUUUCUCGCUCAAGGAUUGAAAGUUGAUCUAACCCCCACUGGAGAAUCCUGUAAUCUGUGGCGAUUCUAUGCGGAUGUUGAAGGUUCGUGGGAGUCAAUUGCCGGCAUCAUUCACUAUGUUGACGAUCUCCAGGAUACCCUAGCUGCAGCACAAAGACCUGGUGCUUGGAACGAUAUGGAUAUGAUUGUUGCCGGCUUAGGAUCGCUCACACCCGAUCAAGCCAGGGUGCAAAUGUCACUUUGGUUAGUCCUUUCUCUUUUAAAGCCAAUUUUCAUGAAGCUUAACAACGUGGGGAACAUGGACGUUAGAGCAAAGCCCAUCCUGUCUACCCGCCUCCCGAUCUCCCUGUCUAUAUGGUCUUCUCCUCUCAUCAUGUCCAAUGAUUUGCGGACAUUGAGUUCUGAAUUUCGGGAAAUUCUACAGAAUCGAGAUGUCAUCGCUAUUGAUCAAGACCCACUGGGAGUGAUGGGAAAAUUAGUGCGAAAGAACGAUAGUGUGGGAAUCUAUGUGAAGCCGGUAACACCCGUUAUCAAUGGACUUACCUCGUUUGCCAUUGCCGUUGUUAAUAUGAACCAGGUUGAAAUUAAGAAGGUACGAUUUACAUUCGAAUCGCUUGGUCUGGUUAAUAUUGGUGGAUACAAUCUACGCAAUCUUUGGACUGGUCAGGAUUUUGGUGUGGUUUCACCCACCUACGAAUAUCACGUUGAACUACAGCCCACAUCUGUAUCUAUGAUAAAGCUCACUAUUUUAUAG